AUGACGCUGACGGCAGAUAGCUCAACUGCUGCGCGUUUGAUGCCUGCUCGUCAGCACCGCGCUGCCCGCUUACCAGCUUGCAUGGUGGCGGAUCUACACCGAGGCCUGUUCCUGCCCUCAAAGGAAGAGGUUGUAGCAAUCUCAGACUGUCUUGGCGACACAAUUCGCCCUCAAUUCCUCGACUCCAACGUCCGCGUGAGCAUCGAGGCGGUGCAGAACGAGACUGUCCGAUUGUCAUGUGAGGCUCUUGGUGAUCCGCGUCCCCAGUUCACUUGGUACCGACGUGAUGUCGUCAUUCUGCAACCCAGCAUGGAUGUGCCCUCCUUGCCCUCGGGCUCAGCUGCUUCCGGGUCAGAUGUCGUCUCUCUGGGCUACCAGGAGGUUGGCGGUCUCCCGGUGGCCAACCUCUUCGAUCGGUCCGCCAUGCAGCCCGGAGAUCUCGAUCUGGAGGCCUACCGUUCGGUGAGCGGCGGCAACGCUGGCGCCGUCAACAGCGCUUCUAUCGGCGCAAACCGGAUGCGAUUGACGAUGAACAUGGCUGCGCUACGCGGGGGCCAAGUGUUGCAAUUGGCCAAUGUUCAACCGAGCGACGUGGAUGAGUACACAUGCACAGCAAACAAUGGCGGCGGACCGAUUGAGAAGCGCUUCAAUCUGACCGUGAUUGGUGAGUUUCAUGCACACACUCGAGAGAAGUGGCUUGAUCUCGUUUUCGCAAUUUGA